AUGGAGACCUUCUCUCUGCUGCUGCUUGGAAUGGAGUUGAUUCUUUCAGGAGCUUCAGAAAGCACAAUGGAGAUAAUUAAAGAAGAAUUUGCAGAGGGAGAGAAGGAAUAUGACAUAGCAAAAAGUGACCAAGAGAAACAGACCAUGGAGGUAUCAAUGUACUUGACCCUGUUAGAUAAAAACACCAGCCUCUGUAUGUCUUCCUCAUUACUGACAUUCAGAAGGCUGUAUUAUAACUUCCCCAAGGGAAACAGUCCAGGUAAUGACAAAGAGUAUUGUAAUGCCAUGAUGGUCUGGAGAAAGGUGUCAGAAGCUAAAGGGUCAUGCAAAUUGAACAAUAACUUCAUUCAUGGGACCAUGGAAAUGAUCCACAGGGUCCAGGAGUUCCCCAGUGGCAACUCUGGACUGAAUUCUGACAUUAGCCACCAUGAGAGCCCAGAACUAGAGAACUCUAAGUGCCAGCUGAAUACAGAAAAAAAAUUCCCCAGGUGUCAACACCACAGUGUUACCUUAUUAAAGAAAAUGUUGACAGUUCUGACAGGUAAUUUUUUGAUGAGCUGGUUAGUUAGUAUUUCUAAGCUGUAA